AUGGUGACACCGUCUCUUUUAAGGAAUUUAUAUGGACAAAUAGAGAAAGUGUGGCGAGAUAAUGGCUUCAUUGCAGGAAAGUCAGGUCGCCACAUGAAGUUCCCUUAUACGCUUAGUGCCAAGAUAGCCCAAUUCCCAGUAUUCUUUUACAUGAAAAAUAAUUGGAUUUGGAUGUACUGGCCGGUGGGCGCUUCAGUGUCAUUGUAUGUUUUCGCUAAAAUACAUGCUCUGGCUAAUUCUGAAGCAAAUGUAAAAAGUUGGCAACAAACCCAAUUGAAGAAUGCCGAAAAGGAAGCCCAUGGCCAUUGA